CAAAAAUAAAUGCAGUGAGAGAGAGAGAGAGAGAGUUACAAUCAGAAAAUUCAGAUUUCAGACAAAAUCAAAAGCAACGUUUUACUACCCUUUGGAUCUUCUCUCUUCCUUUCCUUUUUUCUUCUUCGUAUCGACACUGAAAUCUAGCAAUUUAACUCAAUAUUUAUAUACUAUUCUUUGUCUCCUUACUGGAAACUUUUGUUUGAUUUCUGGGGUUUUGACCGAAUUUCACUUCUGGCCUCAGGAUUUAAUGGAUUCACAGUGAAUAAUGAUAAAAAUGGGGAAUUUCAGCGAAGAGGAAGAGCAAGAACCAAGCUUUUUCGAUACCCGUGAGGAGAUAUCUUCUGUUUCUGAUUGGAGUUCAGAUUGUGGGGAUUGUAGUCCUAGUCUUUUUAACAGUUUCUCAUAUGAUGAUUGGACUCGGAAUCCAGAAAGUGUUCAAGAUCGGCGGCGGAGGUUCUUAAAGUGGAUGGGUUUAAGUUUGGAUCGAAAUGAUGGUUUUGAAGAGAAGUUUGGUGAUGAUUUCAAGAACGAAAUCCAAUGGGUUGGUGUUGAUAGGACGGAGGAUAAUAGUGGGGCAGUGUUAAGGACAUCGAGUAUAGAAGAUGACUUUUUGUCAACUCAGUCUUCUAUGUCUUCCGAGUCAAAUGAAGUUUGGCGACAAUCAUUUGAAAAUGGUACGCUGGAUGGGAAUAUUGCGUAUAGAAUUAAAAAUUUGGAUGAUGGAACUGAGUUUCUGGUGGAUGAACUGGAUGGGGAUGGAAUGCUUAGUAGACUGCAUGAAGUGGGAUCCAAUCAAUCUCCUAGUUUUGAAGAAUUUCGGAGAACACUCGGCACAUCUCCUUUUCUUGAACGAUUUUUUAAGAAAUAUGUUAAUGGAAGGGAUAUGGUAGAAGCAAAAAGGAAAGCUAAAAGGAGUUGGCUGAAGAAAUUGGGCUUGAAGGGAGGGAUUAUUGAUAGACAAGGGACAGCUGCCUCGAAGCCUUGUGAUCUUGAAUCAACCACAGGAGCAAAGAUGCAUAGAGUUAAAGUUCAUCCAUCCAAAAAGCACACCAAAGAAUUGUCUUCUCUCUUUACUGGACAAGAAUUUCUGGCUCAUAAGGGAUCAAUUUUGACAAUGAAAUUCAGUCUUGAUGGACAAUACCUGGCAAGUGGUGGUGAAGAUGGUGUUGUGCGCGUGUGGAAGGUGAUUGAGGAUGACAGAUCCAACCAAUUUGACAUCUCAGCCACCGAUCCCUCGUGUCCAUAUUUCACAAUGAAUCAUCUUUCUGAACUAGCUUCUCUUGAUGUGGAUAAGAAGGUAAUUGAUAAAACGAAGAGACUUGGUUCAUCAGACUCCACAUGUGUUGUUGUGCCACCAAAGGUGUUCAGGGUAUUGGAGAAGCCUCUGCAUGAGUUUCAAGGACAUAACUGCGAGGUUUUGGAUCUCUCGUGGUCUCAGAAAAGGUUUCUAUUGUCCUCUUCUAUUGAUAAGACUGUUCGCCUUUGGCAAGUGGGUUGCGACAGGUGCCUGAGAGUUUUUUCUCAUAAUAAUUAUGUGACUUCUGUUGAUUUCAAUCCUGUGGAUGACAAUUAUUUCAUCAGUGGCUCGAUAGAUGGUAAAGUUCGCAUCUGGGAAGUGCUUGGCUGUCGGGUUGUCGAUUAUACUGAUAUACGAGAGAUAGUUACUGCUGCGUGUUAUCGUCCUGGUGGAAAGGGAGGACUGGUUGGCACAAUGACUGGAAACUGCCUCUUUUAUGAUAUAGUAGAUAAUCGACUGCAACUGGAUGCUCAAAUAUGCUUACAGGGCAAAAAGAAGCUACCUGGCAGGAGGAUAACUGGCUUCGAGUUCUCUCCAAGCGACCCAAGCAAACUUGUUGUCACUUCUGCUGAUUCACUAGUCCGAGUGAUAAGCGGCCUGGAUGUCAUUUGCAAAUUUAGGGCUUCGAGCCUUAGGUUUGCAGCAAACCAGAUUUCUGCGUCUUUUACCUCAGAUGGAAAACAUAUUAUCUCAACAAGUGAAGAUUCUAACGUCUACAUCUGGAACUAUACCAGCCAGGAAAGGACUUCUCGAACAAAGAACAUUCAGUCUUGUGAGAGCUUCAUGUCUCAAAAUGCAUCUGUUGCUAUACCAUGGCGUGGUAUUGAAACUGUUCCUGAAACGCUUUCAUCCCCUGAAACUAGCGGGGAUGUUAAUAGUUUCAGAAGUGAUCGUAGUUGUCCGAAAUUUUGUGGAGAGAUAGAGCAGAAAAGGCUUUCCUCUUCUCCAUCAGUCUGUUUCUCUCUUGCCCGUGGAUUUCUGUUGGAGUCUUUGACAAGGGGAUCUGCGACUUGGCCUGAGGAGAAACUUCCAAAAUCUAGAACCGAGUUCAAGUAUUUGAAGAAUAUGUUAAGUUCUCACAUGUGGGGUCUUGUUAUUGUAACUGCAGGCUGGGACGGACGGAUUAGAACGUACCUCAAUUAUGGUUUACCGCUUCGACUGUGAGAAAACUUAACCAUGUGGGGCUUAAUUUUCUUACUUAAAGGAUACAAGCAGGGUUAUCUUCAUGUUGCAGGGGUGAUGAAUAUUACACAGAUGAGAAGAAGGGCAACGCCUCGUGGGCUCUUCAUAGUGUAUAUAGUUUAAUUAAUUAGGCCAUUCACGAUGGCCAUACCUUACUUGUAUAGCCCUCUGGGCAACAAAUUGCCGUGGCUGGCUUUUGAAAUUGUAUACAUGCUAACUUUACACGAUUCAUUGAUUUGUUACACUCAAAAUUGAAAUAGAAGCUCAUGGGCCAACUGGCCCGUUUUGUCUA